CUAGCUAGCUUGCCUCCUAUAUGUACACAGCAAGCCCUGUUCCUACAGCCACCACCAGCUCAACUGCGCCUCAGCACCAACUGCAAGGAACAGCAGAGUUAUCCCGGAAAGAUUAGCUGCCAUUUGCGACCAUGAUGAAGCUGAGGUGCCCCAAUCCCAAGAGGCUCUUCAGGAGGAGCUCCUCCAAGAUCAGGAGGUCUAGUAGCAGCUGCAGCAGCAGCAGCAGCGACAACGGCAGCGAUGCCUCCGGUGGCAUCCGUGGCGGCGGCGGCAGCGGGGAGAUCGAGUGGGAGGUGCGGCCCGGGGGCAUGCUGGUGCAGAGGAGGGACGGGAGGGGCGACAUCGAGGUGAUUACAGUCAAGGUGGCCACCGGGUACUCCUGGCAUGAGGUGUCCAUUGGAGCUACCUGCACUUUUGGUGAGCUGAAGGUGGUAGUAUCCAUGGUGACGGGGCUGGAGCCGAGGGAGCAGAGGCUGCUGUUCAGGGGCAAGGAGAGGGAGGAUAGCGACCACCUCCACAUGGUUGGGGUGAGCGACAAGGACAAGGUGCUACUCCUCGAGGACCCUGCCCUCAAGGACAUCAAGCUCCGAGCAGCGCUCGCGGCCCAGGCCGUGCAGAGCCCGUAUCAGACUUUUAUCAAGGUGUAGGCCGGCCGGCCUCUCCCACCGCGCUAACAGUUAUCUAAAUCAACCACACUAUCAGGCAUCAGCUAGUCAGGUCUCACAAGAUUGCUAACAAAAAGCAUAUCUGGAACCUGAUGCAUGGCGUUGUUCGCUCCUGCUGAUCAGUUCUUAAGCAUCACUCCAUUGGAAUGGAAGGGCAAAGGCCCUCCUCGUGUGAGAGUUAGAGUACUAUCACUUUUAAUUAAUUAUAAUUGCAUGGUUGUGCAAUUUGUAGCUAGUUGCAAGUUUAAGUCCUUUCUUCUAGAUGCUGUAAGGGCCAGCCUCCUCCAGGAAUUGCAAGUCUAAUUAUGGAUGUCAUGCGUGGUACUUAUUAUGUUAGAUUGGAGAGUGCAAUCUUGGAUAAGGCAUGUGCCCUCUGGCAUAGUGUGGGCUAUAUGGAGUUGUUUGCUACAUGCAAUUCUGUUGUGGAUGAGAUGUAUCAAUGUAUCAUGAUCCAUGAAGUUAUGAGACCACAUUUUUGUUGUCCUUUUUUCCA